AUGAACACAAACCCUGUGCCGGACUUGAACAGCCCUUACUGCAAAGCAAACAAUGUAGCUGAGGUACUUGGUGUUACUGGCGCAUUCCUUGGAGCAGCAUUGAUAUCAGUCAUCCUUCGCACAUAUGUCCGCAUCAGCAUGCUCAAAAUUCUCGGACCCGACGACUAUGUCAUGAUAAUGGCAGCGCUCAUGGCCAUUGGCGUAUUCGUUUGCUUCGUGGGCGAGACGCACUGGGGAAUUGGACGCCACAAUGCCUGCUUAUUACCAAUUGACAUGUUGAUGCAGUCUGAGUGGGAGUUCGCUCACGGGAUCCUGGUGGUGACCGGCGUCGUGCUGGUUAAGAUCUCGAUUGCUCUCUUUCUCUUGCGCCUUGCAUCGCGGAAGAGCUGGAAGAUAUUCUUGUGGUGUGCGAUAGUUGCUGCAAGCUUCAAGCCGGCCUUGCGAGCGGAUCCCGCGACGAAGUGCUUUUCAGGAAAGACCUACGGCUUCAUCGGUCUCUUCAACAGCAUCAUCAACAUCAUCACUGACGUGCUGUUCGCUGUUCUGCCAAUCCCAAUCAUCAUCAAGCUCCAGAUCAACCUGCGGGCCAAGAUUACUCUAAUGUUCAUCCUAUCGCUCGGGUUCAUGGCCUGCGCGGCCGGGAUAGUCAAAGCCAACCUCCAGACCAAAUUUAUCAACCAGCCGGACAGUAUGUGGCACGACAGCUUCAACGUAUGGAACAUGAUCGAGCUCUGCCUCGGCAUCCUCGCCGCGUCGCUGCCAAGUCUGAAGCCAUUGUUCGCUCGCUUCAUCGAGACGACCCGCACCGCUCUAGGCAUCUCGUCUGCUUCUAGAUCACGAUCGAAACAGCAGCAGCAACAACAACCAGCAAAUUCGUCGCCAGCGUACAACAGUCAGCAGUCCGACGGGAGGGGUGGAUGGAAACGACGAAAUGAUUUGCAUGAGUUCCACGAGAUGAUGGCGGAUGUUCCAAGAAAAGAUUACGAUAAGAGCUUGAUGACCACAUCACUGGACGCAUUCGUCCCAGAAGACCAGGACGCGAACGAGAUACAUCAUGUGGUCAAACCAAAGCGUGCAUACAACGUACGCAUCUCAGGAGGUCGUCUCUCACCAGACCGAGAUCGAAGUUAUCCUAGCUCGCAUACACUCAGCAGGAGUGAAAGCCAGGAGAGAUUGCGGGAGCCAUGGCCGGCAGUAUAUAAAUCCUUUGAUAUUUCCAGGACUACAGAAUUUCGAUGA